UUCCAGGCUCACAUUAAAUUUCCUAUUGACUAUCCGUAUUCACCACCUACCUUCAGAUUCCUGACCAAAAUGUGGCACCCCAACAUUUAUGAGAAUGGAGAUGUAUGUAUUUCAAUUCUUCAUCCACCUGUAGAUGACCCACAAAGUGGAGAGCUGCCAUCUGAGAGGUGGAACCCUACCCAAAACGUCAGGACUAUCUUACUGAGUGUAAUCUCUUUGCUUAAUGAGCCCAACACAUUCUCUCCUGCCAAUGUGGAUGCAUCAGUCAUGUUCAGGAAAUGGAGGGAUAGUAAAGGAAAAGACAAGGAGUAUGCUGAAAUCAUAAGGAAACAGGUUUUGGCUACCAAAGCUGAGGCAGAGAAGGAUGGUGUGAAGGUUCCUACUACACUGGCAGAGUACUGCAUCAAAACUAAAGUGCCUUCCAAUGACAACAGUUCAGAUUUACUUUAUGACGACUUGUAUGAUGAUGACAUUGAUGAUGAAGAUGAAGAGGAGGAUGCCGACUGUUACGAUGACGAUGAUUCUGGCAAUGAGGAGUCCUGACCUGUUCCCUCUAUGCCUGUGUACUGCCCUGCCAACUCAGGCCAGAAGGGAGCAGCUGUAACCUAGCAGCAGUCCAGAAAAAAAACGGAGGGGGG